AGCAGAUAGUUUCACCAAAUCUUUACAAUUUGGAGGAUGUGGAUGCUGUGGGCUGCUCCAGACAGGCACCCUGUCAGAUUGUGAAAGAGUGGUUCCUGUCAGCAGAAUUCUAAUAUGAGCAAGAUGGAGUCGGUCCUCUUACAAUCCUUGAUCUGCAACUCUGGAGAAUUCUCCUUAAAGAUGUCCAGGAGGUAAAACCAUUUCAUCCUGUGGAGUAAUUCAUGGAAGCCAUAUAAUGUCUUUCCUGGACCAGAUUGUAUUACACUUGGGAACCUGUUGCUAAAGUACUAUGACAUGUCUCUAGCAAUCAGAAAAAGGAGCUGGGAAGAGCAUGUGACACAAUGGAUGGGCUUGCCUUUUGGUUCGGUUGAUUCUAAUAUAUUAUGCAGGCAUGGCCUAGUUGCUGACAACUUGCAGGCCAGUAUGGAAAAUGAUGGAGUUCGGAGCAGUGGUCAGAAAGAAACAAGUGCUUCCUUGCCAGAUUGCUAUCUUGGUGGAGAGCUGGUAGGUUUCCCCCUGAAGCUGCUGGGUAAUGUUUCCAAAGAGGUGGAUGAAAAUGACAAUCAUCAAGAGGAAGAAGAUUUUCUGUCACUGGAAGCCAGCACGGAAACUUUGGUCAAUGUUUCUGUUGGGAGUGAUGAUGAAGAUGGUGGUGGUGAGAGGGAGCUCAGUUUAGAGAAAGCCAACAGCCACUUUGCUCAGGUUUCAGAGAAUUUACCGGAUGGAAAGAACAGUGUGGAAAAAGCAGAGCCCUUCAUGACAACUGAAUCAAGAGUGGAAGCAAGAACGGAAUUGGAUCAAGUUUGUGCACAAUCCAGGAAAGUGAAUGAACCUCAGUGUGAUACAGUUCCAGAACCACUGAAGAUCAAUAUUUGUGAUAGCAGAGGAGAAAAUUUGGAAAUUCAACAUGGCAGCAGCUCCAGCGAAAAUUGUCUACAAGAAAAUUUAAGUGAGUCUCAAGAAAAUAUUGUGUCUGAGAAGGUAGUUUGUACUGCUGUAGCUGCACAACAGCACAGAAAACUGGAGAGUCCUGACGAGGGGUAUGAAAAAACGAUCUGCAGUCCAGCAAAUGAUAAGCAUUCUCCUGGUCAACGUAAUGACAAACAUAAUAAAGCAGCCUUAGCUGCAGACUGCAAUUACUACCUUCUCCCUUUGCCAAGCUCUGAUUUGCUGUCAGAAGGCAAUUGUCUGGAUGGUGUUACAGAUUCUCAAGACAAACUCUUAACAAGUGUGCCCUUGGUAGAAGGUGGGACUGAUUUAAAGACCAGCAUGGCUGAAGACAGUCAAGUCAUACUGCGCAAAAGAAAGGAAGCAAGAGAAGGUCGAGAUCAGUCACGACUGGACUCUAUGGUGCUGCUCAUUCUGAAACUGGACCAGCUGGAUCAGGAUAUUGAGAACGCUCUCAGUUCUGGACCUUCUCCAUCCAGCACACCGACACACCCAUGGAAGCACACACGUGAUUUGGAAUUGCAUCCUGAAAGUGAAAUGGACGUGGCCGCAAUGAACCAGCUGCCAUCCAGUGAUCCUCAACUUCUUCCUCAUGCUUACGGUGUUGACCACACACUUCCCAUUCAAAUGGCUGGGUCUGGUGCUAAACCGAAGGCUGGGGCUAUACCAGUUAUCACAGAAAAAGAGAAGGCUGAAAUUGAGGCCAAGGAAGCAUGUGAUUGGCUGCGGGCAGCAGGGUUCCCACAGUAUGCUCAACUCUAUGAGGAUCUCAUAUUUCCCAUUGACAUCACUUCGGUCAAGAGAGAGCAUGACUUUUUGGACAGAGAUGCCAUUGAAGCUUUGUGCAGGCGUUUAAAUACUUUAAACAAAUGUGCAGCGAUGAAGCUAGACAUCAGUACACACAGGAAACGGAGUGACGAUUCUGAUGAAGAUGAGCCUUGUGCAAUAAGUGGCAAAUGGACAUUUCAGAGGGACAGCAAGAGGUGGUCCAGACUUGAGGAGUUCAAUGUGCUGGCUUCUAAGACUCCAAGUAGCACAUCCCCAGAUGAGGCUCACCUUAGUAGCGCAGCCAGCCAUGAAAGUGUGCUGACGGACCUUAGUGAGCACCAAGAGAUAGUUUCUGUCCAUAGCAGCAGCAGCAGCAGCAGUCACCCAGCUGCGUCCCAGAGUGAAGCAGCCACCACCCGAACCAAUUCGGUCAUUAGCAUUGGCUCAUCAGGCAACCUUGUGGCCAAUGAAGACUCCUUCAGCAGUUUGCCUUCUCCCAAAGAGCUGUCAAGUUUCAGCUUCAGUGUGAAAGUGGCUGAGAAGAACACCAAGUCCAAAACAAGAAGCCUUCUAAAGAGAAUGGAGAGCCUAAAAAUUAAAAGCUCCCAUCACAGUAAAAACAAGGCCCCAUCAAAACUUGGCCUCAUUAUCAGUGGGCCAAUCUUACAGGAAGGGGUGGAUGAAGAGAAGCUGAAGCAACUGAAUUGCGUUGAGAUCUCCACUCUCAAUGGCAACCAUAUCAACGUCCCUAUGGUACGGAAAAGAAGCGUCUCCAAUUCUACCCAGACUAGCAGUAGCAGCAGCCAAUCAGAAACAAGCAGUGCAGUGAGCACCCCAAGCCCUGUCACAAGAACACGUAGUCUCAGCACAUACAACAAAAGAGUGGGAAUGUAUCUAGAGGGCUUUGACCCAUUCAACCAAUCAACAUUCAAUGACAUCAUACAGCAGAAUUUUAAAAACAGGGAGAGCUUUUCGGAAGAUACAGUGUUUUUCAUUCCUGAGGACCACAAGCCUGGAACGUUUCCCAAAGCACUCUCCAAUGGCAAUUUUUCUCCAUCGGAUAACAGCACCUCUGUGAACUGGAGAACUGGAAGCUUUCAUGGGCGCAGCCAUCUUGCCCUCCGGAGGGAAAACAGUUCCGAUAGCUCCAAAGAUCUGAGUGUCGGGAAAAGGCGCAAUUCCUCCAGCUCUGUCUGCAGUCGCCUGAGCAUUUAUGAUAAUGUGCCAGGAUCCAUGCUGUAUUCCAGCACAGGUGAUCUCGCUGACCUUGAAAAUGAAGACCUUUUCCCCGAGCUUGAUGACAUUCUGUAUCACGUAAAAGGAAUGCAGAAAAUAGUGAACCAAUGGUCAGAGAAGUUUUCCGACGAAGGGGAUUCUGAUUCAGCCCUCGAUUCGGUUUCCCCGUGCCCGUCCUCUCCCAAACAGAUUCUUCUUGAUGCGGACAAUGAUAGAACAAUACCCAGAGAUCUUGACAGUAUGGGAAAUUCUCUGAACGAUACAGAAGACUCCACAGGAAUCCAGGAAAGAAGAGACUCUGGGGUGGGGGCAUCGUUGACACGCUCAAACAGGCACCGAAUGAGGUGGCACAGCUUCCAGACAUCUCACCGGCCCAGCUUAAGCUCAGCAUCUUUACAGAUCGACUGUCAGUCUGUGGUGCAGAUGAACUUGCUGCAGAAAUACUCCCUCCUGAAGUUAACAGCUCUUUUGGAGAAAUAUACGCCUUCCAAUAAACACGGCUUCAGCUGGGCUGUGCCAAAGUUUAUGAAGAGAAUAAAGGUCCCUGAUUAUAGAGAUCGAAAUGUGUUUGGAGUUCCCCUUACAGUUAAUGUCCAGCGUACAGGUCAGCCGCUUCCACACAGUAUCCAGCAAGCCAUGCGGUACCUUCGCAACCAGUGUCUGGAUCAGGUUGGGCUUUUCCGAAAAUCUGGAGUCAAGUCAAGAAUCCAGGCUUUGCGGCAGAUGAAUGAAAACUCAACAGGCAAAGUCAACUACGAAGGCCAGUCGGCUUACGAUGUGGCAGACAUGCUGAAACAGUUUUUCCGUGACCUGCCAGAACCGCUCAUGACCAACAAACUUUCAGAGACUUUCUUACAGAUCUACCAAUAUGUGCCAAAGGACCAGCGUCUCCAGGCAAUCAAGGCGGCCAUUAUGCUUCUCCCAGAUGAAAACAGGGAGGUUCUACAAAUUCUCCUAUAUUUCUUGAGUGAUGUCACAGCUGCUGUGAAGGAAAACCAGAUGACGCCAACAAACCUUGCUGUGUGCUUAGCACCUUCUCUUUUCCAUUUGAAUACCCUCAAGAGGGAAAAUUCUUCUCCAAGGCAAGUCUCCAGGGUGAUGCAGAGGAAACAGAGUCUGGGAAAACCUGAUCAGAAGGAUUUAAAUGAGAAUUUGGCUGCAACACAGGGCCUGGGUCACAUGAUUGCAGAGUGUAAGAAACUCUUUCAGAUCCCCGAAGAAAUGAGCAAAUGUCGGAAUUCUUACACGGAACAAGAUCUUAAGCCAUUGAGCUUGGAGGAACUGGGACAAAAUAGCAACUCUCAGCCUGCAAACUAUCAUUCUUACAUCCAGGACUGUAUGGAUGAUUUGCUGAAAGAGAUAAAGGACAAAUUUAAAGGCUGGGUCAACUAUUCCACCUCAGAGCAAGCAGAGCUUGCCUACAAGAAGGUAUGUGAGGGUCCCCCUCUCCGCUUGUGGAAGUCUACCAUUGAAAUCCCCGCAGGUCCCGAAGAGGUCUUAAACCGUAUACUUAAAGAGCAGCACCUUUGGGACGAGGACCUUUUAGACGCCAAAGUGAUUGAGAUUUUGGACAGCCAGACUGAUAUAUACCAAUAUGUACAAAACAGCAUGGCACCACAUCCAGCCAGAGACUAUGUCGUCCUGAGGACUUGGAGGGCAAACUUGUCCAGGGGAGCCUGCUCACUUCUGUGCUCCUCAGUGGAACAUGAUCGUGCUGCAGUCCUUGGCGUGAGAGUAAACGUGCUUCUGUCCAGGUAUCUCAUAGAGCCAUCCAGUUCAGGAAAAUCCAAGCUGACCUACAUGUGUAGAAUUGAUUUAAGGGGGCAUAAACCUGACUGGUAUGCAAAGGCUUUUGGACAUCUAUGUGCAGCUGAUGUUGUGAAGAUCAGAGAUUCUUUCAUUAAGCAGAACGUGGACAGUAAGGAAGCAAAAUCCAGGUGACUACUGAAGCCAACCAACUUUGCAUUCAACCCAUCGCCACUGGUGUGCAUAGAUAUGCCCAGGAGCUGGUGAUUGUCUGCUGCAGAAUGGGUCACAAUGUGGCUGUGAAGUUUUCACAUGAAUCAGGAGUAUCUGGAAUUGGUCUGAUAUUCUCACUCGAAAGGCUGUGGCAACACCCUGCAUUUUAAAGCUGCUGCUUCCUGUCGACAUUAGGUCUAUCGUGUAGGCCUUGACUGGAAUAUACUGGACAUUACCAAAAAAAAGAUUUUUAAAGAAUAUUAUUCUAUGUGUGAAUUGCUUCUGAGAAGCAAAAUUCUAUGAAAUAUAUUCUGGAAUACCGUGAAAGAAAUGAUUUAUAACUUUGCGUGUCAGGCUGUGUGCUGUUUGUUGAGGGACUGUUGCAUCCACUGGAUUUGUUGGUACUCUUCAGUGUGUUCUCACUUAAGAAAGCGAAAGAAGGUUUGCACAGAGACAAAGGCGUUGAAUGGCUUUCUGAAUUUUGGACACAGACUUGGAUACAGGAGUCGUAGAAACGCAGUGUCUGGUACACUCGAAGGCAACAAGAAAGCAUUUUAACGUGAGGAAAGGUUUUGGCCCGGUAGACCAUCACAAGCUAGUCUUGUGUGUCAUGUGCAUAUAACCAAAUAAAUAAAUAAUGGGGCAGCACCAAUGAAAGCAAAACAUGAUGCCCAGUGAAGAAUUUAUUGGAGAGAUGGGAAAUAUCCAGUGCAUUUCAAUAUCUUUUUUUCACAUGAUUCUGUGUCUUCUGCUAUUUGAAAGAAAUGUUCUCUACAUCAUGACACAGAGGCAAGUAUGUUAUUGCCCCUGCAUCAUAUGCUUAACAGAAUUGCCACAGUUUGUGGCUUUCUGAUUAGUGUACCUCCGUGAAACAAGUGUUUGCCAUAGUCUCACUAUAAACAUCUUAAAAACAACUUGUGAAGUGGCAUUUAAGUAUUCUAACUCUUAAACAGCAUAUUGGAAAAACAUGGUAACAGAAAUACAUCCACUGGUUUUAAUUCACUUAUGUUCUUCCCCAUAUGUGUAAUCCCAUCAUUUUAUCCAUAUGCUCCUGCUAAGAUUUAGGCCAGACUCUUAGCAGACCUCAUUUGUAUGGCUCUCAUAGGAAUAAACAGAAAGCUUGCGACAUGAAGGUAGAGCUGGUAUUGCUUUCAGUAGUUUUUUAAAAAAGACAGCACUGGAAAAAUAGCAUAACUGGAGCAUAAAGCAUUUUAAAGGAAUCCAGUGGAAUGGAUACUGUGUUACAAGUUUAAAGAUAUUCAUAUCAUCCACUCUCAUAUAACCGUAUUAACCUCAUUUAGCCAAAUGCUUUUGGGGAAAACCUUCCCCAAUCCUCAGAAAUGUUGGAAGUUGGAAAAGCCAAGUUGCAUAAGCAAAAGUAUUUUUGCUAUUAGGUUACCUGGGGCAAAUUGAAGGACUGCAGGUUAGUUAAGAUAAUAGGGAAGUCCUGCAGAUGGGGUAAUACACUGACCAAGUUAGUGGCUUUUAGAAGCGAGAAACUCAGACCUGCUAACUCUGGUGUAACCUUGAAUGUUAGGAUGGCAGUAGCAAGUGGCACAACUGAGUAGGAGCUGAUAGACAUAAGGUGCUACUCAUCCGUGUUUCUGAAAACUACAUUCACUGUCUCAGGCAUUGUCAGAAAAGUCUUUUGUGUAUGUGUGUGAUCACAUUGUCAAAUAUGACAUAUGCCAUAGGAAAUCACAAGCAUUUCUUCAUAAAAGUGGUUUUUUGUUUUGUUUUGUUUUUUGCUGCAAGAAAGUUAAAAACAGGGUAUCGAGAGAGCAGAUAGGGGAUUUGGGGGCUGGAUUUUCCCAGUGUUUCAGACCACAUGGAAUUAUGCUCCAACUGUGCCUCCCUCACUUUUGGGUAUGAGUUAGCUACAACAGAUGCUGUUCAAUCAUUAAUUGCUGAAAUACAUAGGGUUGGAUCCAGACUAAAUUUUCCUCUUUAUCUUGUUUUUGUGGUGUUUAUAAUUUCCCUUUCUCACUGAGGACUCAAGGUGGAUUAUAGGGGGAAAAACACAGAUACUGUAGGAUAACCCCAAAGAACAAUGCAACAAGACCAUAAUUACUGAAUUAGGGAACAAUGUGAGCUGUAAAUUAUCUAAAGCAAGGCCUGGCAUAAACCAUACAGAAGGCAGAAGCAGUAAAAACAGGUUAUACGUACAAUAAUUGGGGAUUAAGUGUUACUCCAUUAUAGUAAUGGUGCUCUCCUGAACAACAAAGCAGCAGACUCUAAUCUGGAGAACCAGGUUCAAUUCCCCACACCUCCACAUGAGGCCUGCUGAGUGACCUUGGGCCAGUCAAAGUUCUCUCAGAACUCCCUCAGCCCACACAGAAACAAGCAGUGGCAAACCAUCUCUGAAUGUCUCUUACCUUGAAAACCUAUAGGGUCACCAUAAAUCAACUGUGGCUUGAAGGCACUUUCCUCCACCGCCUCCUAGACAGAGUGGAAUUUUACUGCCUCCCCUGUGUUACUGAUUAGGGCCCUUGAGGAACAUCAUGAGGAAGGGCUGGAACAGGAAGGAAGAAUUGGUGGCCAAGUUAGUCGAGAUCUAGCCCAUACUCUCCAAGAGCAGGUCUUUGACUCUUGCUAUGACUCUUGCGCCACUUGCAGUGGUGUCCUGUGUAAGAUUUGAGGUUUAGUAUAGGGAUGCAGUAUUGUUUUAGAGAUACACUGAACUAGAGUGAAUAAUGUGUGAAUGAAAAAUGUAAAGUGGAAGAUAGAUAGUUGGGUUGUUAUUUUACUGCAAAGGCUUUAAGGCGGGGUGUCCAACUCUGGUCCUCCAGAUGUUCAUAGACUACAGGGACUGAGGGGAAUCGUAGUCCAUGAACAUCUGGAAGACUAGAGUUGGACAGCCCUGCUUUAAAGAGUAAUCUAUGCUUCUAGUUGCCCUAUCCCAGGUCUUCCUCCUUUUCAAUGUCUUUUAAAGUUAUCCUUUCCAUAUUCUUAAAACUAGGGACAACUGCUAGGUGGUAUGUUGUACCAAAGAUGGUGUGAAAAGCUGGACUGUUCAUUCCAUCUUCCUCACUAGCGUUAAAGAAAAGGCCUGCACAGCUUGGGGGUUUACCUUAUAACUCAGGCCCUUUUCUGGAUUUCCCAUCUCAGGGCCACAGCAAGGCUGGAAGCAGCCCUCAGUUACCAUUGUCAGUAUUAUUUGCUUUCAAAAAUGUUUGUGAUGAAGAAUCAUGGUGUUACCAGCAGGUUACAUUCUGUUUGUAGUAACUGCCUCUGCCUGCCUCAUUACCCCCAUAAUGCUGUCUUGUUUUGACUCACCCCUGAUGGUUCUUUGCACAUUUUGUAAUACACAGGCAAAGUUAUGAAAUUGCCAAUUGGGGGGUGCUCUUUUGCGUUUGUUUUUUGUCACGUGAUAAGCUUGACAAAUGGGAACAAUGCAGAAGUUCUUCCCGGAAGCUGUGGAAAACAGUUCAGGGUGUUAGUGCAAGCUGUAAUGAGGUACUAACUCCACUUUUACAAACCCCAAGGUAUGAGUGAUAAAACCCAGGAUAGAGUGUGGAUGGGUAUCAGCUUUUUCAGAUAUGUUACAAGAAUCUUCCUGAGGGAAAAGAAGCUGUACUGGAUCAUGCGUACAUAUCCCCACCCUCAACAGUUGUGAAAUGAGUUGGGUCCAGAUUCCACACAGCAAGCUGCAGGGAAUGGGUUUUUAAAAAUAAAUAAAUAAAUAAAUAAAUAAAUAAAUAAAGGAGACCCCAAACUGACUCAGAAUGCUACUGUGGGGUGGAGAAGGGGCCUUCCCUCCCAUAUUUUCCCUCAUGGAAACAGCACUUGGGAAGUUUAUUUCCCCAUUUUUACUACUUGUGCCCAUCAGAAAUGGGGCUGUUCCCUCAAGGGAAAAUGGUUUUGGAAGGCAGGACUCUUCCUUGCCCUAUGGUGACUUUUUGGAGUUUCCUCUAGUUUUUAAAAGUAAUUCUUCAGAGCUGUUGUGGGCCCUGCAGGGAACCUUGGUGGGUUUGGGAAACACAGAUUCAACUCUUUAAAAACCUGAUGAUGUAGUUUUGCCUUUACUGCCAGAUGAGUGUGCUUAGGAUCACAGCAUUAGUGUUCCUCGUGAUUAGGGCAACCUUGUGCUUUCUUUGUAUACUUUCCUAAAUGUUUAAAUGUGUAAAAAUGUAUGUUGUACAUACCAUUCUGUUGUAAACAUGUACACUUGCUCACAAUUUAUUGUCCAAUAUAGAUAAAGCAUGAACAUAAUUAUUUAAAUAUACUUGUAUUUAUACCUCAGAUACUCAUUUGGGGGAGGGGAGGAUUUUGUACCUCAAGUUGUCUACCCUUCCUCCUCCCUCAUGUAAAUAAGUUCUACACAACUAAGGUCUAAGUAAAAGAAGAAAAGGUUUAUAUCUUGAUGUUAUAUGUCUGUACAGCAUAUAAUCAAUAAAUGCACUAUUAAAUGUUAA